CCCAGCGAUGUGGGAAGGGAGAGCAGACAGGAGAAAGCUUGGGCAUUCCUGAGGCCCCAUGACCUGCAAUUAGCCACGCAGAUGAGGGGUUUCUGCCCUCCCCCACAGGUGGGGCAGGGCAAGCAGGGAGCCAACUGUCUCCCAGAAGGAGGAAGCAGCCUCAGCUCGGGGUGCCGGGGAGGCAUGAGCAUGCUUGUGCCAGGGAAGGGCAACGAGGGAGCCGCCGGGAGGUGCAGGCGGCCACCAGCUGAAGCGAGCAGCCCACAGGGUGUGAAGGACUAGACGGAGUCAGGUUUUGGUGCCAUGCACACAGGGAGACUUAAAGCCCAGAGAGGAGGUGUGAUUUGCCUAAGGUCACACAGCAAGUUAGAGACUCAGCUCCACUGCUUAGUGUAUUGGUGCGCCUGUCUCCCCAUCCUGCCCGCUCCCGGCUCGGUGGCCCCCCCAUCUACCCCGUGGCUAUGGACAGAAAAAUGGAAGUCCCCGAGGACGGGCCUCCUGUGGUCUCCUGGCUCCCUGAGGAGGGAGAGAAGCUGGACCAGGAAGGCGAGGACCAGGUGAAGGAUCGGGGCCAAUGGACCAACAAGAUGGAGUUUGUGCUGUCAGUGGCCGGGGAGAUCAUUGGGCUGGGCAAUGUCUGGAGGUUUCCCUAUCUCUGCUACAAAAAUGGAGGUGGAGCCUUCUUCAUCCCCUAUUUCAUCUUCUUCUUCACCUGUGGCAUCCCAGUGUUCUUCUUGGAGGUGGCGUUGGGCCAGUACACCAGCCAAGGGAGCGUGACAGCCUGGAGGAAGAUCUGCCCCCUUCUCCAGGGCAUUGGUCUGGCGUCGGUGGUCAUUGAGUCCUACCUGAACAUCUACUACAUCAUCAUCCUCGCCUGGGCUCUCUUCUACCUGUUCAGCUCCUUUACCUCUGAGCUGCCCUGGACAACCUGUACCAAUACCUGGAACACAGAGCAUUGCGUGGACUUUAUGAACCAUUCAGGAGCCCGCACAGCGACCCCGUCUGAGAACUUCACUUCACCUGUCAUGGAAUUCUGGGAGAGACGUGUUUUGGGCAUCACCUCAGGCAUCCAUGACCUGGGGGCCCUGCGUUGGGAGCUGGCCCUGUGCCUCCUGCUUGCCUGGGUCAUCUGCUACUUCUGCAUCUGGAAAGGGGUCAAGUCCACUGGCAAGGUUGUUUAUUUCACAGCCACAUUUCCCUACCUGAUGCUGAUCAUCCUACUGAUCCGAGGCAUCACCCUUCCGGGAGCCUACGAGGGUGUCAUCUAUUACCUGAAGCCAGAUUUGCUUCGCCUCAAGGACCCCCAGGUGUGGAUGGACGCGGGCACCCAGAUCUUCUUCUCCUUCGCCAUCUGCCAGGGGUGCCUGACAGCCCUGGGCAGCUACAACAAGUACCACAACAACUGCUACAGGGACUGCAUCGCCCUCUGCUUCCUCAACAGCGCCACCAGCUUCGCGGCCGGGUUCGUGGUCUUCUCCAUCCUGGGCUUCAUGGCCCAGGAGCAGGGGAUGCCCAUCUCUGAAGUGGCCGAGUCUGGUCCUGGUCUAGCCUUCAUCGCGUUCCCCAAGGCGGUGACUAUGAUGCCCUUAUCCCAGCUGUGGUCCUGCCUUUUCUUCAUCAUGCUCAUCUUCCUAGGGCUGGACAGCCAGUUUGUCUGUGUGGAGUGCCUGGUGACAGCCUCUGUGGACAUGUUCCCCGGUCAGCUCCGGAAGAGCGGGAGGCGAGAACUUCUCAUUCUCACCAUUGCCAUCGUGUGCUACCUGCUAGGGCUCUUCCUGGUCACGGAGGGCGGGAUGUAUAUCUUCCAGCUGUUUGAUUAUUACGCUUCCAGUGGCAUAUGCCUGCUCUUCUUGGCAGUGUUUGAAGUGAUCUGCAUCAGCUGGGUGUAUGGGGCAGAUCGGUUCUAUGACAACGUUGAAGACAUGAUUGGCUACCGGCCAUGGCCCUUGGUGAAGAUCUCCUGGCUCUUUCUGACCCCUGGACUUUGCCUGGCCACCUUCCUCUUCUCCUUGAGCAAGUACACACCUCUCAAAUACAACAACAUCUAUGUGUACCCUCCUUGGGGCUACUCCAUCGGCUGGUUCUUGGCUCUGUCCUCCAUGGUCUGCGUCCCUCUGUUCAUCAUCAUCACCCUUCUGAAGACCCAGGGUUCCUUCAAGAAGCGCCUGCAACAGCUCACCACCCCCGACCCCAGCCUCCCGCAGCCCAAGCAACACCUGUGUCUGGACCGUGGUACCAGCCAGGACUGUGGGCCUUCCCCAACAAAAGAAGGACUAAUCAUUGGGGAGAAGGAGACCCACUUGUAGGACGUGGCCAGCAGCCAAGUGGCCAUUGAGCCAGGAACCUCUGUCAGGGCCACUACAGCAAACAGCCUUUGCCUCUGUCCCUUACCACAGUCCUGCUGAGCACCUCUGUGAAGUUCAUGGGUGCCCCCGGCCAGAAGCCACGCUGCUCUCUCCUCAGCGAGGGCAGCUCCUUCUGGUGGGCUAGAGGCGGUCCCACUGCACCACGCCAUACUGUUGGAACACACCUUCUUAUUUAUAAAGGAGGGUGGUCUUUUUUGACCACCAUCUGAUUCUAACAUAUUACACUGUGUGGAACUCCCACUGUAGGGAUGUUCCUGUAUCUGGGGAUGUUACAGCUUACUAUAUUUGUGCAUUGGGAGGGUAGCACUGAUGGGAAUAUGUAUCAUGCUUUGGCUUGGAGAGCCCAAUGGAACACACCAUGUUGGAAGUGACAACGAACACACUAUUGGAUUCUGACAUUCCAUUAGAGGGGUGCUUCAUUAGGCUUAGUGUUCUGGAGUCAGUCCAUGGGGAAGGAACUAGAGAAACAGCCAAGAGGCAAGCCUUCACAAGCCAUCAUUGUCUUAAGGUGUCCCUAGCUGCAGCCCUAGUUCCACAUGCUUCCUGCAAUGUUGUCCUCAACUCAUGGAGCAUUGGAAUGGAAAGAACUUAGAGAUGAUCCCUAGACUGUGCAAAUGCAUGGUGAGGGUGUCUGUACUUUCCUAUGCCUGCAACAGACAUUGCUGAUUGAGUCUUUCCCACCUCACAGUCCUUUCAAAUACAGUGCUCCAGCUGC